CCAACCAUUUCCCUAGAUUGUUCCCGAACACGUUGUCUUUCGCCAGCCAUGGACGACCCACAUACUGGUGACGCAGGGAAUAAUGGAGCAUGCUAGAGUGGGAAGCGCUUUCGACGCACGUGAGCGGUGGUUCCCGACACGGAGGAUCAGAUCCCCAUUCGAUCUCCGCUGCCAUUGCUGUAGAUUAGUAGACGCGUCGAUGUGAGCAGGAGCCGCCAUGCCUCUAGAUAUAUGCAACUUCUGUGGGCGGUGGCUCAAAGUGUACCAGGGGAUGCGCGGUCAUCAGAGCAGGAGUGACUAACUAGUCUUGGUAGGUGCGUUGGGCGUUACCACAGACCACACACCACACUGGUGGCGGUGGUUGUCGACGAACCGCUUGCACGUCUCAACCCCGCUAUCCCGGAUCGCCACGUCCCAAACCGUGAUGCAACCUUGUAGGAGGAGGUGGAUGGGGAUGAUCUUGACGGCGCGCUGCUAGAACACCCUCUUCUACCUAGCGAGGACGAGGCUAGCUUGGCGAGUGCAGAUGUCAUUGAUCUGCGAGUAGAGUUGUUGUCAGUAGCGCGCACGCACAUGCUUACGAAUGCCGCCGUAAUGGACAUCAUUUGCUUGUUCAACAGCAUGCCUUCUCCUCCUGAGGACCUCGUCUCAUGGCGCUCGCAUAGGGAUGUGGAGGCGUUCGAGAGAGAGUAUCUCGAAUUGGAGCAUGAAUGGGAAACCGUCAAGAUAGAGCGCGCUGGGGAUCUUGGAGUGCUAAUUCUUCGACACAGGCCUAUUGUGCAGGUGUUCACGAGGAUGUGGACACGCAUGUCCGCCGUGGAUGGUUUCGUCACGGCCCCUGUGCACAACCUCAUCGAUAGGGUGUGGCGUUACUAUCGGGCGAUCGAUUGUACACGGUUCCACGAUGCGCAUGAUGCUGUGAAGGCAAAGGGAGCAGUCGCCGGUUGCAUCGUGUUCAGCGACGUGACUCACCUGUCCUUCAACAGGAGGCAGCUCGUGCACCCUAUGCUUUUAGCGCUUGUGAACACGCCGGAAGAGGCAAGGUGGUUGGAGGGCCGGGCGGAGAUGGUGGCCCCACUGCCACCGCUGCCGUCGGACCAGACGUCGGAAGGGAAGAACACGGUUUUCCAGGAGGUGGAGCGCAUUGUCCUCGGCUCGCUGAUGGCGCUCUCCACCUUAGACAGGUGCGGAACACACCUUCUCGCCACACCCUCGUGGAUCCCACCUCAGCCUGUAUGCUUUACACUCGUGCCUCGCACCCCCGCUCGUCCUAUGUGUGUAUUCCCAGACCUGAACGUCGCUUCCGCACGCAUUCUCGCCCCUCGCGUGUGUUUCCACCUUCCAAUCAUCCCCUGUCCCACCCCUGGUUAUACCCACCCUGUAUACCUACACGAGGAGGCUUGAUAGGGGCAGAUCUGCCUGUCUGGAGAUGUCGCAUGUCGACCCCAAGCUCCGCCCAUUGCGGUAUGCCUACUGUAGGUGUGGUUGUGUCGGUCAAAAAGAUCAACCAGUUUGGUGCCUGAGGAUGGGGGACCAAGAUAAUCACCCUCGUCCCAACCCCACCCAAUGUGCCGCAAUGCAUGAGCAAUCACGGGAUCGUGGUCGAGGAUCGCGUUGGCCAAAAACAUAAGGUCUUCCAGCUGCUGUGCUCCUAUGUGUGCUACUACCCGGAAUUGUGCAAAGUGUCGUGCACCAUGGCGGAAAACUCCUUCAAGCCAUGCUCUAAGUGCACGGUCAAUUGCUGGGAGCUGCGCAUUGUGAUGGCAAUGCCUCAGCCGCGGACAGUGCAGCAUCAGCGGCUGAUCUCAAGCGCAUGUCCCGCGCGUCACCACGGGAGCGGAACCGGCUUAGGCGGGCGUGGUCCACCCACUUUGUGCCAGUGAGCCGUGCCCCUCCACUUGCAUUGUUGUACGUCGCUUACUCUUGCGCCAGCACUGAUGCAUGGGAUCCCGUGUUUCUAGUGUGCUCUGUGGGCAUGGGGUUUCGUGGAGACAGAACGGGGGAAUCUGUACGAGGCCAUCGGCAUUUGCCUAAUGCAUGUAGUCGAUGAGGGACUGUGGCUUCACAUCAUGCGGUGCAUCGCCGGUCUACUCAUGCCUGAUGAGCAGCAGACUCUUCUCCGGUGAGUGGUCUAGCGUGUGGUUGUUGAACUGCGGGCGUUCGUGCUUGAUUGUCCCUCAUUGAAAACUUCUUUAUUUGCCAACAAGCUCCGCUUGUACAUGCCGACAAUGCAGGUAUUGUCGUGUGGUCCUCAUGCACACCCCGCCUUCAGUCUUGCGCACCCCCAACCCAUCGGCAUACUUCAAGACGGUCGCACAAUUUGCAGCAUGGGAGCACCGAGCAAUGAUGCAGAUUCUGCCCUUGUUUGCCAUCUGCCAGGCCGCGAGGAUGUGGGCAGAGUGGUGGUGAUGUUCGCAGAUUGGGUCGCGGCUUUUUUCAGAGUGGAGUACCACACCAAUGCAUCACUAGAUGCCAGUGUCGAGUCAACCGGCAGGUACAUCAUGGGCAGAUUAGGCUGAGGGUCUGGUUGGGAGCAUGCAGCAACAGAGGCAACUAUGCUGGGUUUCUGGUGGUGGGGUACAUGCCAUACGUUUUGAAAGUCCUUCUCUCAGGAUUUUAGGCCGUUCAUGGGUGUUUGGUGCGAGCAGCCUGGUGGAGUCACUGGUGAAGGUCUUCCCCAACCAGAAAUCGCAAUUCGAGUUGCUCAAGAUGCACUUGACAGCUCACAUGGCCCCUACAAUCAAGGCAAGGGGCACGCCAAAGGAGUACUCGUCCAAUCUGUACGAGCACAAGCACAAGACCAUGGUCAAGCAACCUGCGCGCAACACCAACUGCCGUGACGUGGGGUGUGACAUCGCCUUUCGGCAGGAGUGCCUGGCCGCUGUCAAGCAGAUCGCGAGAGAGGAGGCUGUGGAUCCGCAGUGUGAGACUGCCAUGCGCUUGGUGAGCAUGGUGCCGUUCGGGCUUGGUGGCAUGUGAGGCGCCGUGUUGUUCUCUGCCCUAAACUCUAGAGCCUGCGGUGGUGGCCCUCUUUCGGAACUUGCGUGUGCUGACGUGCACCAGCCGACGCAUGGUCAUCUUGUCCCCGCAUGACGACAUGUGGUCGGCAUACUGUGAGCACGCCGGUGCUGACGCUAUGGAGCAGUUUGCAGCUGCGAUGGGGCAGACUGGCUACCUCGUGCCUGCAGUGCAGGUUCACACGGCGCUUGCAAUCCCUCCCCACGACCACAUGGACCAGGGUGACAAUGGCCAGGUUGUGAAGGCCCCCGAAGCAGGCCUGGUUCAGCCACGUUUGUAUCGAUGGGCAGCGUAGGGAGGAGUGGUUCGGGCGGUGCCUCAUCCUAUUCCACUUUGUGGACCCUCAGCAACAGAUUGUCUGCCUGGCAUUUGUCCAGUACUUCACUGAGGUGGAGGGGCUCUGUCCUUUCACCAGGUGCUGGCAUUUGCGUCCAACUAGGGGAGUCGAUGCGUAUGCGCUGUGGACGUGGACAGCAUCCUCUCCCUUGCGCACAUUGUCCCAAGCUUCACCAAUGCAGGAUUGUACCUUACCACUUCUUGUUCUAGGCACGUGUGCCCAAACCCCCUCUGACAAAUGGACCCUCCUCCAGUCUAUGUUACUUUGGUGGUGUUUGCCGCACUGGGCAAGCCACGUCGCAUGUGUUUAGGACGAUGGUUGCUGCAAGUGCUUUGCAUCUUUGUUGCCUGUGUGUGCGCUAGAGGAGGUGGAGUGAAACCAACAAAGCAUAGUAUUGAUAGCAUACAGUGUGCUAGCAGUCAAAAUUGGUUGAUUGAA